AUGAAUGUUACUCAGCCCACAGUCUCCCGCAUAGUAUUUAGGGUGAGUUUACUAAUAGGCAGUCUGAUGAUGGAGUAUAUCAAGUUUCCCAGGGAUCCGGACAAUUCCACUCAAAAUCGCAGGUUAUUCAAUAAUCUGGGACAGGGAAACGGAGCUAUUGGUUUACCAGGUGUGGAUGGCGCUAUUGAUUGCACCCACAUUAGAUUAACAGCAUUCAACAACAUGGAAGAAAUGUACAGAAAUAGAAAAGGAUAUUUUUCAUUGAAUGUUCAGGCUGUCGUGGGUCCUCGUAUGGUUUUCCGUACAUCCCGAUUACACAUGCGAUAUGUGACGGGAGAAUUAGAUGGAAUCUUUGUCGGGGAUGGUGGAUAUCCAUGUCUGCCUUUUCUCAUGACACCCCUGCGGAAUCCACAGACUGAAGAAGAAAUAAGGUAAUACUGAUACUGUUUUACUUGUUUAUUUACUUGUUUACUCGACUGAUUGAUGCACAAAUUAACAUUAAAUUAUUUGAUCGACAC